AAGUGACUAAAAAUUAACGUAAAAAAUUACGUCAUUUUUUAUCCCAAAAAAUUACGUCCUUUUUUACGUCCUUUUUUACGUCAAAUUUUACGUCAUAUUUUACGUCCUUUUUUACGUCAUUUUUUAUGUCAAUUUUUACGUCACCUUUUACAAUAGGGAUGGCCGAAAUUCUUUGUCAACAUGGUGCUGUUUUGAGUGACAACGAUUUGAUAAAUAUGGCACCUCUUUGUAACGCAGUUUCAAAAGGGAACUUUGAAAUGGUAAAGCUGCUCAUGGCGAAAGAAUGUAACAAAGUCGACAUUUCAACUAAAGGUGGUUCUCCUCUUGAACUUGCAGUGUCAUCUGGUCGUUUGGACAUUCUUGAAUAUCUAAUGAUAAAUGGUGUAAAAAGCAUCGCAACAGUUAAGGAAGAUAAACUAGGCUUAUUUAGAUCACUUAUUUUUCAAGGCGGUUUGGAGACUUUAACAUUUCUAGUCGAUAUUGGUAUUAAAGCAAUGAAUUUAGAUGAAGUAUUUAAUGCUACAUUUUAUUCGGGUCGUCAUGACAUGUGGAAAUAUUUAGUAACAAGGUUGUCGAAAAUUAAUGCAAAUACGUAUUUUAAAGAAACGCAGCUUCAUUUGGCUAUUCGAAUGGGGCAACUGGAGACUGUCAAGGCAAUUGUAAAUGAACCAUCAAACGAAUAUGAAUCGGACACUUUCGCCAGAAAAUUAUCAGUUUACAUUGCUGUUGAAAAUGACAAUGAAGAAAUAUUAGAAAUUCUUCUAAACGCUGGUUAUCCUGUUACUGACAGUCUGUUCAAAUGUAUAAGUCCUCUUCACCUUGCAGCAACAUUCGAGCACCCGAGACUAGUGAAACUGCUAUUGGAAGCCGGAGCUGAUGUUAAUUUGCAAACUGAAGAUUAUCACCAUACACCAUUACAUUUCGCAGCAACUGCAGCGCAGCCAGCUGUAGUUAAAUUUCUUCUAGAUCAUGGUGCUGAUCCCUCUAAAACCUCUACAAGCGGUGAAUUACCGUUAAAAACGGCUUUGAAGAUUCAUUCAGGCCCAAUUCAUGUAUUCUUAUCUAUUACUCCUUCAGUGUUUGAGGAAUUGGUAAAAGUAACGGAUAUGUUAAUUCAGUAUUCGAAUAGUAAAAGUAAAGAAGAUUUACUUAUUGACUAUGCAGCUGGAAUAAGAGUUUCAUCAAGUAUCAAUAAUUCAAAGCCAAAGUCAAAAAGAUUAAUAUCAGCUGUAGGUGAUUCGGUAUUUCGCCCAGAAAUUGUUAGAAGCAUAUUUAAUUAUCUAAGUGAAAAGGAAAUUAUAAAAAUUUCUGAGAUAUUUUUACUUGAAUGUGAUUCAUCUGAUUACCCGCCAGAGUUGUUUCAACUUAUGAUGGAAUAUAAUAUUGAUGUGAAAUCGUGUUUUGAUAUAAAAAUAUACACUUGCAUUACAAAUGACAAGUCUAAAUUGCUCCUAAUUGGUUACUCGAGAAACGUUCGUAAUCUUUUAGGCACACUUUCAGAAAUUAUUAAUGAUUACGAUGAAGAUGAGAAUGACGCAGAGAAGAAGAUUAAAAUAGAAUUAUUAAAAUUAUUAUUUAGUCGUUUAGUAUUGCUGAAUACAAAUUGUGAUCUAACUCCGCUUGAAGAUAGUGAAUUAAAUGAUCUUAUUGUUUGGCAAGAAAAUUGUAUAGAGGAGAAAAGUGUCAUGCAAAGUACGAAAGUUAAUGAAAAUUUGAAUUUCACUUUCUAUGAUGUAUUAACGAAAUCAAUGGAUAAAGUUGCAGGGUACGCAAAUAACGAAGAUUUUCUUACAGCAGUGAAAUUUUCACAAAUAAAAUUUCCGAUAUAUGCUGAUUUUUUGAAGGGAAAUGUCGAAAUAGCAGAAAGAAGAAGAAAUUGCAUCGAUAAGAGCACGACGUUAAUGUAUCGUAUGGUUAAAAAUUGUUACAGAAUUCAAAUUUCUACUUCUGAUAUUCGUCACAUUCUCCAGUAUCUCUCUAUUGUAGAUUUGCGAAAAUUUUCAGCCGCUUGUGCAUACAUACCUUUAGACAUUGUUUACAUGCUUUCACAAAACAUCAAAAUUUCUGACGUUUUUUCAUUACUCCUGAUUUUAUUUUUAGCAGGGCAAUUUGUUGUCAUGGAUAGUUCAAAUAAUUACGACGAUACUUCUGACUACAAUGAAUUGUUUCUCGCAGUCCACAAAGGAGAAUUGAGUCGGGUUCAUUCUCUGCUCGAGAAAUACUCAGCGACUGAAACAAUUCGUGGCAGGACGUUGCUGCAUGUGGCGGCUGCAAGAGGACAUGAACGGAUUGCAAGACUAUUCAUCCCUAAGCGAGACAGAAUUAGAGAUACACCAUUGCAUCUGGCGAUUAGGGAGAAUCACCCUGAAGUAUUCAAUCUUCUUCUAGAGGAAAUUAACCUGAAUGCAAGAAAUUUUAAUGAUGAAACACCACUUCACUAUGCAGCUUUGUAUAAUCGUCCUGAAUUCGCAAAGACACUUAUAAAUAAUGGCGCCAUUAUUGAGAAAAAAGAUAGUAAGGGUAGAACACCUCUUUAUGCUGCCUUGGCGGAAGGAAACGUUGAAGUAGCAGAAGUUCUUUUUCAACAUGGUGCUGUUUUAAGUGACAACGAUUUAACUAAUAUGGGACCUCUUUGUAACGCAGUUUCAAAAGGGAACUUUGAAAUGAUAAAGCUGCUCAUGGCGAAAGAAUGUAACAAAGUCGACAUUUCAACUAAAGGUGGUUCUCCUCUUGAACUUGCAGUGUCAUCUGGUCGUUUGGACAUUCUUGAAUAUCUCGUGAAGAAUGGUGUAAAAAGCAUCGCAACAGUUAAGGAAGAUAAACUAUGCUUAUUUAGAUCACUUAUUUUUCAAGGCAGUUUGGAGACUUUAAAAUUUCUAGUCGAUAUUGGUAUUAAAGUAAAAAACUUAGAUGACGUAUUUAAUGAUACAUUUAAUUCGUGUCGUCAUGACAUGUGGAAAUAUUUAGUAACAAGUUUGUCGAAAAUUAGUGCAAAAACGUGUUUUAAAGAAACGCAGCUUCAUUUGUCUAUUCGAAUGGGCCAACUGGAAACUGUUAAGUCAAUUGUAAAUGAACCAUCAAACGAAUAUGAAUCGGACACUUUCGCCAGAAAAUUAGCCGUUUACAUUGCCGUUGAAAGUGGCAAUGAAGGAAUAUUAGAAAUUCUUCUAAACGCUCGUUAUCCUGUUACUGACAGUCUGUUUAAAUGUAUAAGUCCUCUUCACCUUGCAGCAACAUUCGAGCACCCGAGACUAGUGAAACUGCUAUUGGACGCUGGAGCUGAUGUUAAUUUGCAAACUGAAGAUUAUCACCGUACACCAUUACAUUUCGCAGCAACUGCAGCGCAGCCAGCUGUAGUUAAAUUUCUUCUAAAUCAUGGUGCUGAUCCCUCUAAAACCUGUAAAUGCGGUGAAUUACCAUUAAAAACAGCUUUGCAGAUUCAUUCAAGUACGUUUUAUUCCUUACCUGUUUCUCCUUUAGUGUUUGAGGAAUUGAUAAAAGUGACGAAAAUGUUAAUUCAUUAUUCGAAUAGUGAAACCAAUGAAAAUUUAUUUUUACCCGCUGUUAAAAUAAGAAUUUCAUCAAGUAGCAAUAAUUCCAAUCCAAAGUCAAGAGAACUAAUAUCGUCUGUAGGUGAUUCUGUAUUUCGUCCUGAAAUUGUUAGAUGCGUAUGUAAUUAUCUAAGUAAUAAAAAAGUCGAAAGAUAUUCUAAGACAGUUCUAAAUGAUGAUAAUCCAUCUCCAUAUUCACCAGAUGUGUUACAACUUAUGAUUGACUAUAAUAAUUCGAAAUCAUGUUUUGAUAUAGAAAUUAACAUUUCGAAUGAAAAUAACGAGUGCCAGUUGCUGUUAAUUGGUUACUCGAAAAACGCUCGUAAUCUUUUACGUACAAUUUCGAAAAUUAUUCGUGAAUACGUUAUAGGAUCCUAUUAUAACGAUCGACAUUAUUUGAACUUUAAUGAAGAGAAAAAGAAUGAAGUGAUUAAAUUAUUAAGAUUAUUAGUAUGUCGUCUAGUAUUGUUGAAUGUAAAGCAUCAUCAAACUUUGCUUGAAGAAUGUAAAUUAAUUGAUCUUAUUAAUUGGCGAAAGAUGUGUUUGAAGGAGAAAAGAGUCAUGCAAAGUACAAAAGUUAAUGAAAAUCUGAACUUUACUUUCUAUGAUGUAUUAACGAAAUCAAUGGAUAAAGUUGCAGGGUACGCAAAUAACGAAGAUUUUCUUACAGCAGUGAAAUCUUCACAAAUAAAAUUUCCUGCAUAUGCUGAUUUUUUGAAGGCAAAUGUCGAAAUGGCCGAAAGAAGAAGGAAUUUCAUCAAUGAGAGCACGACGUUAAUGUAUCGUAUGGUUAAAAAAUGUUACAGAAUUCAAAUUUCUACUUCUGAUAUUCGUCACAUUCUCCAGUAUCUAUCUAUUGUAGAUUUGCAAAGAUUUUCAGCCGCUUGUUUCUAAAAUGGAAUUUCAUGAUAAAUAACGCAAAGAUCAGUUUUGUUGAAUAAUUCGUUAUGCAUUUUUUUUCUACGAUGAAGGAAUUGUAAUUUAAAGAUUUAUUUCCAUGAAGGUGUUGAAAAUUAGUUUAAUCCUUAAUAAUAAUUAUUAUUAACAUAAACUACAUUAAUUACAAAGAGUUCAAAUUUAUAAAUGUAUAAUAUGUAUAUAUUGCAGUUAUAUCGUUAACUAAGCUUUGAGCUUUAAGACAGUUUUUUGUACUUCGGCACAUUAAUAUUUAUAUAAAUUAAACGCUUAUUAUAAGUUCGUUUGAAAUAUUAAUGUGACAUAUUAAAUCAUAAGUAUGCUUUUCUUCUUUGUUAACCCUCAGUGAGGCCUUUAUUUUCAUAUAGAGAAUACGAGAAUUUGUAAAUAAUAAUAUACAUUUCAUUAAAAAUCUGAAUCCUUAAAA